GUAAAAGUCAAUGAGACUGGUAAAGUCAGUUAUAAUCGGCUACUGUCAUAAUGAAAUUGUAUUUUUUAGUUAUUCUGGCCUUUAUGCUAGUCGGGAUUGGAUGGGGAGAAAACUGCAAUAAGCCGUGCGGAAAAUGCAUCUUGCCCACCUGCAAUUAUGAUGGGAAAUGUUACUUUGAGGGAACCAGCGCUUGUGCUCUGGAAAAUGAAAAGUGCCGACGAAAGAAAAAGAAUCUUGAACCAUUCGUAAAAACCGUGGCUGGGUUCUGUGAGAUGGGCGUUAAAAUGUGUAAAUAG